GGCACAAAUCAUGAGUUCGAAGGCAAUGAGAGAGAGCGUAUAUGAGGAUUUGGAACCAACUAUUAAUUGGAUUCAUGGAGAACAAAGUGACACGCUUGUUUUUCUGCUUUCAGGAUUUAGUAAAGAGGAAAUGAAGGUUCAAAUAACAUCAAACCAUGUGCUGAAGGUGAGUGGUGAACAGCAGGUGGCCGAAGACAAGGGAUCAGUUCUACGUCGGUUUCACAAAGAAUUCUCAGUACCAAGGGAUAUAGACAUCAAUCAGAUAGGUGCUAAGUUUGAGGAUGGGAAGCUAUAUAUCAAGCUUCCGAAAGCCAUGACAAAAGCUCAAAAAGUUUCAUCUGGUGAUCUGCUUGCAAAGCAUAAGAACCUACUAGGGCGGAGCUUGAUUGCAUUCAUGGUGGCCUUCUUGUUGUUAGUUUUGGUGAUUAUUGGGAUUAGGGUUCGAAAUAAUAAUGACUAUCAUCAUGUCUUGGAAGAUCUGAUAUCUAAGACCUGUUCAUGGAUGUGGAAUUAAAUUGAUCACUUUGAUCUUAUGCUUUCUUUA